GCUCGGCAUCUUUCCACCUCAGCCCAUCACACUGACUGUGCUAGGAUCCUUCCUGGACACCGUUGGAAAUGGAGUUUAGUUGAACAAUUGCACCAUGAUCAUUGUAUGGCGACACCUUGAAGCAAGACAGAGCCCACUUUACCUGUAGAGCCAUGCGGAAGGAAAUAGUGAUGGACCCUCUCUGAGAGAGAGAGAGAGAGAGAGAGAGAGAGAACACAGGAGCCUGGUUUGGGGUUGGAUAUAGAGCAAAUCCAGCAUAUGUAAAUAGGGAGAACAAACACUCAAUCGCUCCCUGAUCCACCACUUCCAUCCUGAGGGACUAAAGUCUGAUCAAAUACCACCUUGAGCGGGAAGAUGAGUGCUCUUUUCGCCAAGCUGGACCCACGGCAGGUGGAGUGGGAGGCCUCCUGGUACAGCCUGCACUCACGCAUGCUGCGCACCAAGCCCGUGGAGUCCAUGCAGGAGGGCGCAGCGGACCUGCACGGCACCAAGCUUGCCCGCGUGCUGACCACCGUGGACCUGGUGUCGCUCGGCGUGGGCAGCUGCGUCGGCACCGGCAUGUAUGUGGUCGCAGGGCUUGUUGCUAAGGAGAUGGCCGGCCCUGGCGUCAUCUUGUCUUUUGUCAUCGCUGCAGUGGCUUCCAUUCUGUCAGGGGUGUGCUAUGCAGAGUUUGGCGUCCGCGUGCCGAAAACAACAGGCUCCGCCUACACCUAUAGCUAUGUGACCGUGGGGGAGUUUGUGGCCUUCUUCAUUGGCUGGAACCUCAUACUGGAGUACUUGAUUGGCACGGCAGCGGGGGCCAGUGCUCUAAGCAGUAUGUUUGACUCCUUAGCCAAUCACACCAUUAGCCGCUUCAUGAUCAACAACUUGGGCACUCUCAAUGGCCUGGGCAAAGGUGAGGAGUCAUAUCCUGACAUGCUGGCUUUGCUCAUCGCCAUUAUAGUGACUGUCAUUGUGGCUCUGGGAGUGAAGAACUCUGUGACCCUCAACAAUGUGCUCAACAUAGUCAACCUGGUGGUGUGGGUCUUCAUGGUGAUCGCAGGCCUCUUCUUUAUCAGUGGGGCUAAUUGGGACGGAGGUAGAUUUCUACCCUACGGCUGGUCAGGGGUCAUGCAGGGUGCUGCUACUUGUUUUUACGCCUUUAUUGGGUUUGACAUCAUCGCCACCACAGGGGAGGAGGCCAAGAGUCCCAACACGUCCAUCCCGUACGCCAUCACGGCCUCCCUCAUCACCUGCCUCACUGCCUACGUCUCUGUUAGUGUUAUCCUGACGCUGAUGGUGCCUUAUAAUCUGAUUGAUGGCGAUGCCCCACUAAUGGAGAUGUUUGCUAUUCAUGGCUUCAUGGCGGGGAAGUAUGUAGUGGCCAUAGGUGCCAUUGCUGGCCUCACCGUCAGUCUGUUGGGUUCUCUGUUCCCAAUGCCACGGGUCAUCUAUGCCAUGGCUGGGGAUGGCCUUCUCUUCAGGUUCUUAGCCCAUGUGAGUCCCUACACGGAGACGCCGGUGGUGGCGUGUGUGGUGUCCGGCUCCCUGGCGGCGCUCCUCUCCCUGCUGGUCAGCCUGCGGGACCUGAUCGAGAUGAUGUCCAUCGGCACGCUGCUGGCCUACACGCUGGUGUCCGUGUGCGUGCUCCUGCUGCGCUACCAGCCUGACCAGGCUGACUUCCAGGGCCACGGCGGUUACCUGACGGGGGAGGAUGACGACGGCAGUGUGGGCAAGACGAGGAAGGAGGGGGUGCUGGCCGAGUGUGAGCAGGAGGCAUACCAGGGUGGUAAGGAUCACCACAACGAUGACGACGACGACACAAACAACACCUGCGGCACCAAGAACCUGCCGGGCAAGGGCGAUGACGAGAUGCUGAUUGACGGCUCAGACCCCUUGGGGUACCAGUCCGACAGCUCGGGCUACGGCAUCAGUGGAAAGAACCUGGAGGGGGAGGAGGUGGACAGCGCGCCCUCCUCCCUGCUCAAGAGAGUUCUGGGGCCCCACUACUACACCCUGCGGGUGCGGCUGGGCCUGCCCGACUCCAGUGACCGACCCACGCCAGCCACAGGUCGCACGGUCACCAGCUGCGUCCUCCUGCUCUUCGUCCUCACCUUCCUCCUGUGGUCUAUCGUCAUCUACGGCCUGGAUCGAGAGUCCGGUGGUGCCCGCUGGGCCUUAGUGCCGCUGGUUGGGAUCAUCGCUUUCAAGAUGGCCGCUCUGCUGGUGAUCAUCCUACGGCAGCCUGAGAGUCGCAAGAAGCUGCCGUACAUGGCGCCGUGUGUGCCCUUUGUGCCUGUGGCGGCCAUGUUGGUCAACAUCUACCUGAUGCUCAAGCUCUCCAGCAUUACCUGGGUGCGCUUUGCGGUGUGGUGCUCUAUAGGUCUGCUGAUUUACUUUGGCUAUGGAAUGUGGAAGAGCUCUCUGGAGCUGUUUGCCCAGGAGGAAGAGGCCCACGCCAGCACUUACCAGUGUUUUGACGCAGGUGUGGACGACAGCUUCACUGUGGAGGAGGACUCCCUCCCUCACGGUGAUACAGUUGAGAGCCCGUAUCAGGGCUGGGGAGGUGAGGAGAGCGGCUAUCAGAACCAGAACCAGUGCCAGGAAGAGCAUCAGUACCAGCAUGGGUACCAGUACGAGCAGCAGCCGGGAGUUGACAGCCACAGGACCGCUGGCAAGUCAAAAAGCAGAGGCCGGACCAGGAAAGGCUUUGAGGAGCUGGUGGAUGAUGAUGAGGAGUAUUCACCUGAGUGAGUGAUGAAGGGCAGUGAUGUUGUCUGUGUUGGUUGCAGUUACAGUUUGCAAUGUGCUUUUUUUUUAUGUAUUUGUUUAUUUUCCCUUGUUGAUGUGGCUUGAUUUGUGUAUGCCUGAAAAAGAGUGAGAGGGUGUUGUUGCUGUAUCUGACUCUCCUUCUCUUCUGUUAUCUGUCACCAGGAAUAAGAAAAAUUAGACAAAUUGAAAAGUUAGAGAUUCCAUUAAACAGCAUCAGAAAGGACAAAACUCUGAACUUUGAAAUAGUGCCUUUCUUCUCUCUGUGUGAUAUAAAGACUUAUUUUUCACUCACAAUGUGUGCAGCACAUCUGCCCUGCAAUUGUUUGUCAUCUUCUUGAAGAGAAACAGUAUUUCAGGCAUCAUAUGAAACAUAAUGAUAUGUGUGUGUAUAUAUAUGUAUAUAUAUAUAUAUAUAUAUAUAUAUAUAGAGAGAGAGAGAGAGAGAGAGAGAGAGAGAGAGAGAGAGAGAGAAAUAUAUCAAAUGCAACAAAAUCACUCUGGAGAUGAGAGAAGAUUAAUGUUUUUAUUUGUUUUCUGUAAACUAAUGUAUGGGAAUGUAUACAGAAAUAUAGCUUCAAAUACAAUCUCUUCUUUGAUUGUUUCUCUUCUGUCACAAGAAGCCUUACAGUAAUGCAAACCUACAGCAAUCUUUGUUCAUUGGAGUAGUCUAAUCAUUAUGAUUAGAUUUUGUGGCAAGUAUGGAAUUCAUUUCAUAUUUCCUGUACAAAACCAUGAUGAAGAGAGAAGAUGUAUUUGAUGAUUGUUGACUUUUCUGUUCUUCAGUGGACAAGGUGGUUUACAUUUCAUCACAGAUACAACUAAGGCAUCAUUUAAUGUAUUCUAUUCAAAGGUGUAUGAACUGUUUUCAUACUGUAUGUGGCAUUAGCCUAUAAAUAAAACGGCCCCUUAGAAUCAUAAGGUUCUAUCUGACAUUUUUGUCAAAAUUGAGUUAUUGACAUAUUCUUAUUCUGUGACACCUUAAAAAGGUGAGGUGAGGUGUUUCUUGUAGUUAUAUAUGUAGUAGUAUGCAUUUUUGGACAUUAUAUCUAAAGAGGUUUGUUCCGUUUAUCAGUAUAACUGUAUGGAAUUCUAAGACUUUGAAGCUCAAUAUCUCAGAACUACUCAGAACGUAGAUAUAAUCUUAUAAUUUUAAGGGGGCAAAAACGGAACAGAAUUAGUAUAUUUUAUUAAACACAAACCUUAGUCUUGGAGCCAUUAUCUGUUGUUAUAAACUGGUAAUUUAUGGGUCAUGUGAUGUUUUCAAAAUGAGAGACACAUCAGGAGAUUAGUCAUGGUUAUUAGGCACAAUUCUAAUGGAUU